AUGGCACCAAAACGUCGAGAUGUACAGCCAGGCCCAGCGACCACUCCUUCGCCCAGCAAGGUGAAGCCAGCGACAGCCUCUGCGACAAUACCCAGACCACCGCCAUCGACAUCUGCAAACGCCCCAACAACAGAUAUAAUACUGAAUAUAUGGGACAAUUACACCACAAAAACCCCCCAGAGGACCCUACUCCUAGAUACGUUCAUGGCCUUCUUAGUCCUUGUUGGAGGAAUCCAAUUCGUAUACUGUGUAUUAGCGGGCAACUAUCCAUUUAAUGCGUUCCUAAGCGGGUUCUCUGCCGCUGUUGGCCAGUUCGUUCUCACGGCAAGUUUAAGGAUGCAAACCAGUGAUGUAGGGAAGACUACAACUACCAUAAGUUCCGGGAGCUCCAGCGGAGCGGAAACACCAAUUCAAGACCGGGGAGAAGGUUCUAGUGAGAGGGCUUUUGCGGAUUACAUAUUUGGGAGCAUUAUAUUGCACUUUUUCUGCAUUAAUUUCAUCAACUAA